AUGUCUGGCACAAAUCCUGGCGGUCAAGGCCGAGGCAAUGAUCAAAAUAACCCCAGGGACUUGAGCCAAUACGAGUUCUCCUUCAACUAUGCACUACCAUCCACCGAAAUAGAGCCCGAUCCAGCGGUAGAAGACAUCGUCGAAUCGUCAUGGUCGCUUUCGGAGAGCAUCAAAAACUUCCCAACCGAGUUUGGCAGAACAUAUCACGCAUACAAGGCUGGAUCAUACGCUUUUCCCAACGAUACCCUCGAGCAAGAACGCCUAUUCCUGCAAUUCAAUGCUAUGACGCGGCUUUUUGGGGGAAAGUUGUAUUUCGCUCCUCUGUCAGCUCAAAAUCCUCCGCGAUUAAUACUCGAUGUGGCAACCGGCACGGGAGACUGGGCUAUUCAAAUGGGUGACGAGUUUCCACAAACGCAAAUCGUGGCGACAGACUUGUCUCCUAUUCAACCAGAAGAUGUACCGCCCAACGUGUCUUUCUUUGUUGAGGACUCAUCCGAACCUUGGGAGUACUCUCAAAACUACGACUAUAUCCAUACACGAGUAACAUCCGGUUGCUGGUCGUCUUUUGAAGAACAGAUAGCCAAGCAAGCGUUUGAAAAUCUGCAGCCCGGCGGAUGGUUCGAGUCUCAAGAGUUCGAUGCUGUCAUCACAAGCGAUGACGGCACAUUGUCACCAGAUUCGGCACUGGCCCGAUGGUUCCACGACAUGGCCGUUGCCGGCGACAUGUGCGACCGACCCACCGUUAUGGCGCAUAAGCUUCGUGAGGUGUACGAGCGCGUGGGAUUCGUAGACGUGCAGGAGCAGGUAUUCAAGAUGCCGAGCAACGGGUGGGCAAAGGACGAGAGGCUCAAGGACAUUGGCCGCAUGUGGGAGAGAAACAUCAUCUCCGGCCUAUCUGGCUUCUCUCUUCGUAUGUUUAACCGGGCGUUUAACAGAACACCAGAAGAGAUUGAGGUAUGCUUCUACUGCCUCUCCAUGCUAUAG